UAAAAAAAAAAUAUAUUCUAUCAUUCUCAGCAGAAUAAUUACUCGUCAUCUAGCAAGGAGUUUCACAACAGUCAUGUGACUCACUUUUUCUUCAUCUGGGAAAUUCCUCUAACGCAACCCACAGGCUAGCAGAGCACACAUGCUGGGCACAAAAUGGUAUAUAAGCAAGAUGGAUCGGCCAGACAGGCAUCAGCAACCCUCCGGGACAAGAGAGGUCACUGCUCCACAGAACCAGAGCUAAACGAUCCAGUGAAAAACCCCGGUCUAAUCAUGAACGGCAAACUUGUGGCUGUCCUGGCUCUUUUCCUGAUUUCGGCGGCUAUGUCUCAAGGCAGGACCCUGGCAAGGAUGGGAAUGGAGCUCCGGUGCCAGUGCAUAGCCACUCACUCCAAGUUCAUCCCUCCCAGAAACAUUCAGGAUGUGAAGCUGACACAGAGCGGCCCCCACUGCAAGAACGUCGAAGUCAUAGCUACUCUGAAGGACGGCAAAGAGGUGUGCCUGGACCCCACUGCUCCCUGGGUACAAGUGAUCAUAAAGGCAAUUUUGGCCAAGGCUCAACUCAAUUCUGACUCGCCUCUCUAAGAAACGCCAAGACAGAAAAAACCUGGGAACAGCUCCUGCUCCUCUGUUGAGAGAAACAUUUGAGAAAAGCAUCAUUCAGGCAGCGUACCACCUUCCACCUUCUGCAUCAGUGUGAUUAUGUUAAUUAUGGAUUGGUUCGAUUUAUUUAUUUAUUUAUUUAUUUAUUUAACUGCAUCUAUUUAAGAAGGUCUUUCAAAAUGGUCAGUGUUGUCUGUGGGACGCGCUGUUCAUUGACACUGAAGACACUGAAUAGGAAAAGUGGUUUGCUAAAGGAAAUGAAGAACCUUUGGCAGCCACUUCAGCCAAACACAACUAGUUAAGUGCAAUGCACUUACAGCACAGCUUAUUUACAGUAAGCCUUACUGCUUUGCUAAUACACCGGCAAACUGGUAAUUCCUCCUGCUCCCCUGGAGUGCACUAGUAUGUUGUGUCAACAACAGUUUCCUGAACCACAGUCGGCCUGUGGCUAGACUGUGGUUUCUGACUUUAAAAAUCUGUAAGAGAAGGGGUU